AUGGUAGGGUGGAGCACCUUUACAACGAUCACUAUCGUGGGCGGCUCUAUGUGGAGGAUACUGGCAUUCCCUUGGUGCCACUACGUGGCUCCAUUGCACUGGCGACGGGAAGCUUCUUUCUAA